AUGGAACAUUUGGACGCCUCCCCCCGUGCUUCGAAGCGACGUCGAACAGCAACAUAUGCUACAAGCAGGCGGACUGUAGCCUCAUCACCUCCCGAAUCUGUGCACGAGACGGAAAGAGAGACAAAGGAGGCAACGUCUAACAACAGGCGGAGAAGAGUAUUGGAACAAAGGGGACAAUUGUCAGAGGACGAAUCCUCCAAGGCUAUCGAUGGAAAGAGCACCAUUGCGCCAUCAGGCGAGGAAAAUGCUGCCGAGAGCACACCGCGAAGGAGUAGUGGCCGCAGAACAAAGGCAAUAGAGGGUGUUUCAGAGCCAGUUUCGGAUGUUCCCACAAAUACGCACAAAAAGGGGGAAAUAAUCGACCAGAAUCUGAAGGAAGGCAGAGAACACUUGCAGGAUGGCCUUCGCCCUACCAUGGAAGACUCUGAACACGAGGAAGAGGAGAGCACAGCCUCGGCAAGACCGCGAUCAAGUACACGCAUAAGACGGCCAUCUCGACGACUCCAACUAGCUACUGAAGAAUCACCAUUGCGAGCUUCCAAACGACCGAAGAAAUCCAACGGGAAACACCCUGUCGAGUCCGUGUCAUCACAGCCUGUUUCUGCGCCCGCAACAAACAGUGUCCUGUCACCACAGCCGAAAGGGAUCUUGACGCCCUCACGACAUGGUCGCCGUGGCAAGGCGCGUAAAUCGGUGGCUUUUGAGGGUUCUGUCGAUGACGAUCAGAGACAGAUUGAGGAGCAACUCGGCUUCAAGGAUAUAGCUCAAUCGACCAAGAAGACCGCAAAGAACCGAUCGGAGCAUGUCGACUCCAGCAAAGCGGUAAACCGCACAGAAGACCAGCAAGAUCCCGAGGAUGCUCUCGAGAACACUGAGUCGCCAUCGGAAAAUGGGGACCCUGAAGAUCAGGCAUCACUUUUGGAGGAAGAGCUAUUUGACAUCAACGACAUCAUCUCCGUCUCUCAGGUCUCAGACUUUCCUCCACCAGGAAAUGUCGCUGCCGGCGUUAUCGUGGACGAGGAUCCUCAUCUCACAAAUAUCAAACUGCAGAUUCUGUCUCGAAUCACAGAUGCACACAGCGAUGACCUCUCCCUCACACCUUCGCCUGUCCCCUCCCAUCUGCAAACCCAGUAUGAUACCCUGCAUGCCCUCCUCACUGCAACGGUCACGUCUGGCGAGUCCAACUCUCUACUCCUCCUUGGUUCCCGAGGGAGCGGAAAAUCUCUCCUCAUCCGACACACCUUGAGUGACCUACGAAAAGCCUACGGCGACGAUUUCCACGUCGUCAAGCUAAACGGGUUCAUCCAGACCGAUGACAAAUUGGCUCUCAGGGAAAUAUGGCGUCAACUAGGGCGGGAGAUGGCUGUGCCUGAGGACGAGACGGGAGAAGUGAGCAGUUAUGCCGAUACGAUGGCCAGUCUUUUGAGUCUGUUGAGUCACCCGGAGGAGCUGACCGCUGAUCCAGACGCCAUGGCUAUUGACAAUACCACGGCUACAAUGGACUCUGGAGGAGUGAACCGUGCGUCGAAAAGCGUCAUCUUCGUCCUCGAUGAGUUCGACCUCUUCACCACUCAUCCGCGACAGACAUUGCUCUACAACCUCUUCGACAUCGCUCAGGCAAGGAAAGCCCCCAUCGCGGUGAUUGGAUGCUCGACGCGCAUGGACAUCGUCGACUGUUUGGAGAAGAGAGUCAAGAGUCGUUUCAGCCAUCGCUGGCUGCAUGUCCCCGCCGUGAAGAGCCUCGUUGCCUUUGAGGAAGUUGUCAGAGCUGUUCUCUGCUUGCCGGUCGACGGGAAGGACGCAUUGGGAGUCACGAAGGAGGACUUGGAUUGGAGACAGAAAUGGAACGGCUACAUCAAGACUCAGCUCCUCCCCGCGUCAUCGACACAAACAGUCAUGAAGAGAAUCUUCUACGCCACGAAAUCCAUCCCGGACAUGCUGGCGGCGCUCUAUAUGCCGGUUGCCACCCUCUCCGUGCCUGCGGCGGACGAUCUCGGUGUCACCGAACUCUCCAAGUCCCGCACACCGGUGGUCGCCAGCACAACGAGCUCGCCGCCACCGCUGCUGGACCUGCUCCCGCAGCUACCCAUCCUUCAUUUAUCCCUCCUCGUCUCUGGCGCACGUCUCGAGACAAUCUACGACGUCACAAUGGCGAACUUCACGCUCGUCCACAAGCAAUAUACCGAGCUGCUCGCCCGCUCCAAGCUCCAGCGCUCGUCGUCGUUUUCGUUCACGAAAGCCGGCGCCAUCACGGGCACAGGCCUGAGAUCGUGGAGCAGGGACACGGCCAGAGCCGCGUGGGAGGAUCUCGCGCAGUGGCAGUACAUUGUGCCGCAUUCGGGGGUGGGCGCCGCCAGCGUGGCAGGAAGGCAUGGGGACGAAGGCCUAGGAGGUGAUGGCAUAUCAAGUAAAAUGUUCAGGCUGGACGUGACUCUUGAUGAACUUGCCUGGGCCAUCAAGAAGAAGUUUGGGGCGACCUCUGCAGGUGAAACCUUGAUGAAAUGGUGUAAAGAGGUUUGA